AUGAGACUCACGCACGUUCUCUCUCACACGCUUGGCCUUCUUGCGCUAGGAGCAACAGCAGAAGCUUUCUCCCGGUCCAGAGAAGCCGCCUGCAGCCCGAAAAAGCCUUUCCGGCCUCUACCUACAAGCUCGAGCAGGGACAAGACCUGCCAUGUCCGCAGCCAUGGUGACGGCAGUGACGACUCUGAUUACAUCCUCUCCGCACUGCACCAAUGUAAUCACGGUGGAAAGGUUGUUUUCGAUGAGGACAAGGAGUACAUUAUCGGCACAGCGUUGAAUAUGACCUUCCUGAAGAACAUUGACCUAGAGGUCCUCGGAACGAUCUUAUUCACCAACGAUACAGACUACUGGCAAGCCAAUUCCUUCAAACAAGGCUUUCAGAAUGCCACGACCUUUUUCCAGCUCGGUGGUGAAGAUGUGAACAUGUACGGUGGUGGUACCAUCAAUGGCAACGGACAGGUCUGGUAUGAUCUGUAUGCGGAAGAUGAUCUCAUUCUGCGUCCCAUCUUGAUGGGCAUCAUCGGGCUGAAUGGAGGCACAAUCGGUCCGUUGAAGUUGCGGUACUCGCCGCAGUACUACCACUUCGUGGCUAAUUCGUCGAAUGUCCUCUUUGAUGGGAUUGACAUUUCGGGUUAUAGUAAGAGCGAUAACGAGGCGAAGAACACCGAUGGAUGGGAUACCUAUCGCUCGAACAAUAUCGUCAUCCAGAACUCGGUGAUCAACAACGGUGAUGACUGCGUCUCCUUCAAGCCAAACAGCACCAACAUUCUCGUUCAGAAUCUUCACUGCAAUGGCUCCCACGGCAUUUCCGUUGGCUCUCUCGGCCAAUACAAGGACGAGGUUGACAUCGUUGAGAAUGUUUAUGUGUACAAUAUCUCCAUGUUCAAUGCUUCGGACAUGGCCCGCAUCAAGGUUUGGCCUGGUACUCCAUCUGCACUAUCUGCCGAUCUUCAAGGCGGCGGUGGCUCGGGCAGCGUAAAGAACAUCACCUACGACACCGCACUCAUUGAUAAUGUCGACUGGGCUAUUGAAAUCACGCAGUGCUAUGGGCAGAAAAAUACUACCUUGUGCAACGAGUACCCGAGCUCUCUCACCAUUUCAGACGUCCACAUCAAGAACUUCCGCGGAACGACGUCGGGAUCCGAAGAUCCCUAUGUUGGAACAAUUGUCUGUUCAAGUCCUGAUACUUGCUCGGACAUCUAUACGUCUAAUAUCAAUGUGACAAGCCCGGACGGAACCAACGACUUUGUCUGCGAUAAUGUCGAUGAGAGUCUUCUGAGUGUCAACUGUACCGCCACUUCUGAUUGA